GUUUUGUCAUGUCCUCCGCUUGUUUAAGGCUAGGGCGCGGGCACUUCGAAGGGAAAUCUGCUAACAGCAGCGUCCCCACGGAGGUUGUUUUGCCUGGCCCGGUCACCUUUGUGGAUUGUGAGGACCAAUAUUCUGCUGUGAUCUUGGAGGAUGGGAACCUCUUCACCUGGGGUUCAAACGGGCACGGCAGGCUUGGGCAAGGUACUACGGCACAGAGUCUGCCUUCUCCGGGCCUAGUUUGUGAUGGAAUGCAGAGCCUCUCCUUGGGAUCCCUCUAUGCUGGUGCAGUCGGCCGUGGAGGGGAACUGCUGAUGUGGGGCUAUGGCGGUCAUGGAAACCUUGGCCUUGGGGACCGGCGCUCCUGCAAUCAACCCCAGAGAGUGGAAAACCUUGAGCCGAUCUUGCAAGUGGCGUGCACUCGCGGUCAAGAAGGCUGCAAGGGUGGGCUGAAUCCCAAAGAAGGAGGUCAAGAAGGCCCACACACUGUGCUGGUCGCAGUCUCUGGUGCCUUAUAUACAAUGGGCACUUGCCACAAAGGCUUACUGUGCAAUCUCGGUGCCAAAGAUGGUGCAUUUGGAAGGCCCUGGGACGAGUUUCGGCCGUAUCGUGUGGGUGGCCCCUUGCGCAAUGCAGCUGAUGGUCCCCUGUCACCACUGGGCCUAGCGCCGCCCUAUGAUGCUGUGGGCCCCGCGGUGGCUGCGGUGUCGGCGCAUAUCCAUUGCGCAGUACUUUGUGCUGAUGGAAAAGCUUGGGCUUGGGGCUGUGGAAGUAAUGAUGGGCGGUGCGGUGUGGAGCGCUUUUUGAACAAGAAGGGCGAAGGAAAGCCUCCUGAGGUCGACAUGAUGAAGUGCUACAUGAUGGGGCCGCAUCGCAUCGGUUCCGGGGUUCAGAUUCUGGAUCUGUGAGCAAAGAGGUCCUUGGCUUGGCAUUCUUGACUUUCAUGGCUUGGUGCCCAGGCUUGGCCCGUCCACUCUACUGGAAGCAUCCCAGCCUGCAAGGUCAGCAGGUUCUGAUGCUCAGCACCGGGCGCAACCACAUGGCGGCCAUUGCAAUACCUGGUGGCGAGUGAGAGAUUGGGUUCAAAGCCUUUAUCCGAGCGAGCUUCCAAAGAAAGUAUCAAAAUUUUCAGGCCAGCUUUGCUUCUUGCUUUUUGGAACCUCAUAGUUCCUCGAGGGCUGAUCAUAAGUAUGGGCACAGCGAGACCGUAUGAAGGAAGAAUACGAGAGGAAACUAUUGCUUUUCCUGUAUGUUGCAAGUGCGAAAUGGUCUUUGCUGCACUUGGAAUAGCUCAAGGGCGAGAGUGUUGCAGAGACCACCGUUUCACUUGACAGUUAUUGUCAUUGCCAGUGGCAUGAGCAAAGCUCUCACACUGUCUUUGCCGCAUUCGGCCACUCAAAUGUCCAAAGAUUGCAAGGCGCUUUUGCGAUCAGG